GGAACCCAAGGAGAGAGGACUGAGAAGCCUCGGAAGAGCCUCCGCCCGAGCAGGGUGGGGUGUGGGCGGUGCUCCAUCGUCCUGGCGCGGGUAGAAAGCCUGGCAUCCCCCUUCCCAGCAGCAGUGACUCCAGCUGCUCCCGAGGGCUCACCGCACCUCUCCCAGAAAUUAAACAAUGAGUCUGUGGUCUGCAAGGUUCAGAUGUGAAAAGCGACGCUUUGACGUUCCGCGUGGGGCCCGUGAGACCAUGGCUCCUUGGCCUAAGUUGGAAAAUGCCCAGCCUGACCCAGAGAAAUACAUUGAAGGGGGCGUGAGUCAGCAUCCUGGCACAGAUGCCAAAGGCAAAGACACGCACCAAACAGAUGCCGGCGGCACUUCCUUGGCCAAGAUCGAGCUACUGCCCUCCUACUCCACCGUGGCACUGAUAGAGGAUCCCCCCCAGGUGGAAGACCCCUGGGACCUGCCCGAGCUCCAGGACACUGGCAUCAAGUGGUCAGAGAGAGAUACCAAAGGGAAGAUUUUCUGCAUCUUCAAAGGGAUUGGGAAGCUCAUCUUGCUCCUGGGAUUCCUCUACUUUUUCGUGUGCUCCCUGGAUGUCCUCAGCAGUGCCUUCCAGCUGGUUGGAGGAAAGAUGGCCGGGCAGUUUUUCAGCAACAACUCCAUCCUGUCCAACCCCUUGGCGGGGCUGAUGAUCGGCGUGCUGGUGACCGUCAUGGUGCAGAGCUCCAGCACCUCCUCGUCCAUCGUCGUGAGCAUGGUGGCCUCCUCCCUGCUGACCGUGCGGGCGGCCGUCCCUAUCAUCAUGGGGGCCAACAUCGGGACUUCAAUCACCAACACCAUCGUGGCGCUCAUGCAGGCGGGAGACCGGAACGAGUUCAGAAGAGCUUUCGCAGGGGCCACUGUCCACGACUUCUUCAACUGGCUAUCGGUCUUGGUGCUGCUGCCCCUGGAGGCCAUCACCCACUACCUAGAGAAGUUGACGGGGCUCAUGGUGAAUACCUUGAACUUCCAGAAUGGAGAAGAUGCGCCGGCCCUGCUGAAAGUCAUCACGGACCCCUUGACGAAGCUCAUUGUCCAGCUGGACAAAAAAGUUAUCAACCAGAUUGCACUGAGUGACCCAGCAGCCCAAAACAAGAGCCUGAUCAAGAUUUGGUGCAAGUCUGUCACCUACAUGACCGAGCAGAAUGUCACCGUCCCCUCGCCUGAGAACUGCACCUCCUCUUCACUCUGUUGGACGGACGGUGCCUUCACCUGGACCUUGAAGAAUGUGACCCAGCAGGAGAACAUUGCUAAAUGCAAGCACAUCUUCGUGAAUGCCCAGCUUCCGGACCUUGCCGUGGGCAUCAUCCUGCUGGUCAUCUCCCUGCUGGUCCUCUGUGGCUGCCUGAUCAUGAUCGUCAAGCUCCUGGGCUCCGUGCUUAAGGGCCAGGUGGCUACCGUCAUCAAGAAGACCAUCAACACUGACUUCCCCUUCCCCUUUUCCUGGGUGACCGGCUACCUGGCCAUCCUUGUGGGAGCCGGCAUGACCUUCAUCGUGCAGAGCAGCUCCGUAUUCACGUCUGCCUUGACCCCGCUGAUCGGUAUCGGCGUGAUAACCAUCGAGAGGGCGUAUCCGCUCACGCUGGGCUCCAACAUCGGCACCACCACCACCGCCAUCAUGGCCGCCUUGGCCAGCCCAGGCAACACCUUGAUGAGCUCGCUGCAGAUCGCCCUGUGCCACUUUUUCUUCAACAUCUCUGGCAUCUUGCUGUGGUACCCCAUCCCGUUCACCCGCCUGCCCAUCCGCCUUGCCAAGGGCCUGGGCAACAUCUCCUCGAAGUACCGCUGGUUCGCCGUUGUCUACCUCAUCAUGUUGUUCCUCCUGACGCCGCUGGCGGUGUUCGGCCUCUCCAUGGCCGGCUGGCCGGUGCUGGUGGGCGUGGGGGUGCCCAUCGUCCUCCUGCUGCUCCUGGUGCUGUGCCUGCGGCUGCUGCAGUCCCGCUGCCCGCGCAUCCUGCCUCAGAAGCUGCGCAGCUGGAGCUUCCUGCCCUCGUGGCUGCGCUCCCUGGAGCCCUGGGACAGCGCCAUCUCCAUGCUCACCAGCUGCUGCCAGCGGCGCUGCUGCUGCUGCUGUCGCGUGUGCUGUCGCGUGUGCUGCCUCAUGUGUGGCUGCACCAACUGCUGCCGCUGCAGCAAGUGCUGCCAGGACCUGGAGGAGGAGGAGGAGCCAGGGGUCCCCAUCAAGGGGCCCGAGGCCUUCAGCAUAGCCAUGACCCAAGAGGUCCGCGGCGAGGGCAAGGCCCAUCCCGACACCCUGGACACAAAGAGCACCUUCACCAUCACAGCCUUCUAGGGGCACCCCGAGGCUGGGGACCCCAGGUCCCAGGGCUCCUCCCUUCUGCUUCUGCAGCCUUGCACUGCCUCACAGCAAGGGUUUCCCAUCCGAAACAGUCACACGUGCGACCCACACCGGGAGAAUUUAGCGCAUGACCAAUGGCGCCCGUUUCUCGGCCCAGGUCCCCCUUCCAAUUGGGUGGGAGAGCACAGGGAUACCGGAAGGCUAGAAGGGGGCCAUCUGUGUGAAGUGUGCACCCCUGCGCACCCCAGAUCAGUCCCUGCGUCUCCCGGGCCCCUGUUCAUACCUCUGCGCCCACCCUCGACUCUUCCCCAGCAAGUGAACUUCAGCCUCAUCCAGGAAACCAAAGGGUGUAGCUGUUUCCCCGACCCUGCCCCCCAGCAUCCUCUCCAUCUGAAUAGGUUGGGGCACCAAACCGAGCCCUCCCUGGCACCCCCUGUAGACAACCAACCCCCCAAGCAGCCAUUUAUAUUCCAUAUUUAUAGUCAUGCGCCUGUACAGCAUUUUUCGUAAGUUAAUGUGGUAAAUAGUCUGGUUUUGUGUUUUUAGUGUCUCAUUUGGAAAUGAGGCAGGGUUCUUCUAUGAAAGUAAAGACAGAAUGAGGACCUUUGUAUAUUUUGUGAUAUGGGCCACCCAACCCCACCUACUGUACAUAUGUAAGUAAAACCUGGGCAGUGGCUGUGGCCAUCCCUGCACUCUUAAUUUUUUAAGAUGUAAGAUCCUUGUACCUACAAUGAUUGUAUUUUUUUUUUUUUUUUACUGGUAGUGGGAAGGGGGAAAUAAAGGGAUAAUCAAACCCAGAAGGCGUAUGCUGC